GAAGCGAGUUGCCCAUGUGUGCGAGCUGCGGCCAGAGGAUCUAUGACGGCCAGUACCUCCAGGCCCUGAACGCGGACUGGCAUGCAGACUGCUUCAGGUGCUGUGACUGCAGUGCCUCCCUUUCGCACCAGUACUAUGAGAAGGACGGGCAGCUCUUCUGCAAGAAGGACUACUGGGCCCGCUAUGGCGAGUCCUGCCAUGGGUGCUCGGAGCACAUCACUAAGGGGCUGGUCAUGGUGGCCGGGGAGCUGAAGUACCACCCCGAGUGCUUCAUCUGCCUCGCGUGCGGGACCUUCAUCGGGGACGGGGACACCUACACACUGGUGGAACACUCCAAGCUGUACUGCGGGCACUGCUACUACCAGACCGUGGUGACCCCCGUCAUCGAGCAGAUCCUGCCUGACUCCCCCAGCUCCCACCUGCCCCACACAGUUACCCUCGUCUCCAUCCCAGCCUCAUCUCAUGGCAAACGUGGCCUCUCGGUCUCCAUCGACCCCGCUCACGGCCCACCGGGCUGCGGCACAGAGCACUCCCACACCGUCCGCGUCCAGGGUGUGGACCCAGGCUGCAUGAGCCCAGAUGUGAAGAAUUCCAUCCACGUUGGAGACCGGAUCCUGGAAAUCAAUGGCACGCCCAUCCGGAACGUGCCGCUGGAUGAGAUUGACCUGCUGAUCCAGGAAACCAGCCGCCUACUCCAGCUGACUCUUGAGCACGACCCCCAUGACACACUGGGCCAUGGGCUGGGGCCUGAGCCCAGCCCUUUGAGCUCCCCAGCUCACACUCCCAGUGGGGAGGCGGGCAGCGCCACCCGGCAGAAGCCUGUCCUGAGGAGCUACAGCAUCGACAGGUCUCCAGGUGCUGGCUCACUGGGCUCCCCGGCCUCGCAGCGCAAGGACCUGGGUCGCUCCGAGUCCCUCCGCGUGGUCUGCCGGCCACACCGCAUCUUCCGGCCGUCAGACCUCAUCCAUGGAGAGGUGUUGGGCAAGGGCUGCUUUGGCCAGGCCAUCAAGGUGACGCACCGGGAGACAGGCGAGGUGAUGGUGAUGAAGGAGCUGAUCCGGUUCGAUGAGGAGACCCAGCGGACAUUCCUCAAGGAGGUGAAGGUCAUGCGAUGCCUAGAGCACCCCAAUGUGCUCAAGUUCAUCGGGGUGCUCUACAAGGACAAGAGGCUCAACUUCAUCACCGAGUACAUCAAGGGGGGCACCCUCCGGGGCAUCAUCAAGAGCAUGGAAAGCCAAUACCCAUGGAGUCAGAGGGUGAGCUUUGCCAAGGACAUCGCCUCGGGGAUGGCUUACCUCCACUCCAUGAACAUCAUCCACCGGGACCUCAACUCCCACAACUGCCUGGUCCGUGAGAACAAGAAUGUCGUGGUGGCCGACUUCGGUCUGGCGCGGCUCAUGGUGGACGACAAGACGCAGCCCGAGGACCUGCGAAGCCUCAAGAAGCCGGACCGCAAAAAGCGCUACACGGUGGUGGGCAACCCGUACUGGAUGGCGCCCGAGAUGAUCCACGGUCGCAGCUAUGACGAGAAGGUGGACGUGUUUUCCUUUGGAAUUGUCCUGUGUGAGAUCAUCGGGCGGGUGAAUGCUGACCCCGACUACCUGCCCCGCACCAUGGACUUUGGCCUCAACGUGCGAGGCUUCCUGGACCGCUACUGCCCCCCAAACUGCCCCCCAAGCUUCUUCCCCAUUACUGUGCGCUGUUGUGAUCUGGACCCUGAGAAGAGGCCCUCCUUCGUGAAGCUGGAGCAGUGGCUGGAGACCCUCCGCAUGCAUGUGGCCGGCCACCUGCCACUGGGCCCACAGCUGGAGCAGCUGGACAGGGGCUUCUGGGAGACCUACCGGCGUGGCGAGAGUGGACUACCUGCCCACCGCGAGGUCCCUGACUGAGCCCGGCCUGCCCAGCUGCCCCCGUGCCCCUCUCCGGAGAAUCUACCUGCACCAGAUCCCUUUGCACGAGUGGCCAGGUGUGGAGCCCUCACUGGAGCAGUGGGCACCCAGACCCCUCCCCAGUGCCAGGCCCUGACUUGCCUUCUCCUACCCUGAGGGCUGUGGCCCCUGUCCUGUCUCUGCCCCCGGCCCCAGAGCUGGCUUGGCUGCACACACACCACCUCCUCACCCUGCCUUACCUCUGUCUUGGGGGCCGCCCCAUCUCACUUCUCCUUGCAUGAGCUGGCGGGCCUAUGUGAGUUUGCCCCGUCCCAUGCCCACCACCCCAGCCGUCCUGCAUACACUCCGCCUGUCUGCAGCUCCUCCGAGGCUGGGCUGGAGGACAGCUUCAGCCCGUGCCCUGUCGCGGCUGGGUACAUAGGCGGGCAUUUCUCAAGGGAGAGGCCAUGUUCCCAGGAGCUGAGUGGGGAGUCGGGCCCCUCACCCCCAGGGUGGGGGGUCUAGGUAGCAGCAGAUGUUGAUAGCUAUCCAAAUCCCCAAAGAGAGAGAGGGCCGCUCCUGCAGGGGAGGUCCUUGUCGGCUGGGCAGCAGCCCUUUCUCGCUUUGGGUCUUUUCAUUUCUUUAUUGAAGCCACUUUAGUGAGAAGCAGGUACCAAGCCUCAGGGUGAAGGGAGGGUCUCUUGGGGGAGAGGGGAGCCGUGGUCCCUGGGCCAGAGCUGCUGGCAGGAGCAGCAGAGGGAGGCUGGGCAGAGCGGACCAGGCAGCUGUCCACCAGCAUCCCAGCCCCCCGACGUUCAUCUCAGUGCCCCCUCCGGGCCCCUCCCCGAGGCUCCCUGCCAGCAGCUGGAGCAGCCCCUGCACACCCCUCCCCACGCCCGCUGUCCUCUGGGUUCUUUCUGUGUAAUCUAUUUUUUAAGAAGAGUUUGUAUUAUUUUUUCAUACGGCUGCAGCAGCAGCUGCUGGGGGCUUGGGGUUUUAUUUUUUUGGCGGGAGGGGGUGGGGGGGCCAUUUUGUCACUUUGCCUCAGUUGAGCGUCUAGGAAGUAUUAAAACUGUGAAGCCUUCUCAGUGCACUUUGAACCUGGAAAACAAUCUAAAUAGGCCCGUGGGACCACGACUCAAGGAGGUGGGACCAUCACCUCCAUCCGGGAAUCGUGAUGUCUAAGGAACAAAACCCAGACUCAGAACAAUAAAAUAAAUUCCGUACUCCCCCCA